GCUAGCUCCCCCUCUGGCAGGUAGGUGGUGCCGUCUCGUGUCCAAGAGCGGGAGCGCGUGUUGGUGCCGAGCGCAGUGCGUCCCUCCCCCUCCUUUCUCUCGCAGUCUCUCUCACACACAGGUCGGGAGCGAGAUCUUCUCUCAGUGUGCAGCAGCAGCCCAGCCAGCAGCAGCGGCCAUCGCGCCAUCUCCUCCCGCUCAGGGCCGCUCCAGCCUCCCAGCACCGCCGCCGCAGCAGGAAGGAGGGGAUCCAUCGCCCGAGGCGCUCCGUCUCCCCCCUCCCUCCCUUCCCAGGAGCGGUCCCUGCACCGCCUCAGCGAGGAGCUUCCUCCCUCCCCCCCCCUUCCUGCAGCCAGGCCCGAGCCUGCCAGCCCUCGCCGCGCUCUCUCCCACACACGGCCCCAGCAUGUCGGCGCCGGCGGCUAAAGUCAGUAAAAAGGAGCUGAACUCCAACCACGACGGAGCGGACGAGACCUCAGGUGAGACCCGGGCGGGGAGAGCGGGAGGCAGGGAGGGGGGUGGGGGGGAGACUCGGCCUCCGCAGCCAGCGCCAUUUUCCUGAUCCCCUCAAGGUGGGCUGUGGGGGGGAGGGCAGCCGGGAGGCCUCGCUCGGCCCUGCGGAUCCCCGGCCUGUCCUGCGCUCCGUGUCCGCCUGCGGAGAGGGGGGGCCGGGGCAGGGCGCGCGGUGAGGGCCCGCGAUGCGCAGGAAGCCCGCGGCUCAUUGUCCUCCGCCAUGAUGUUUCCGUCCCGCAUGGCGCAGGCCGAGGAGGAGGAGGAGAGCGGGCUCCGAGCCGGGGACCGAGCCCGAGGGAUCGCUGUCUGGGGCCCACGCCUGAUCCCGCGGCCUAUCCACGUGGGUCCCCGGGGCCGCCUGUUUUUGUCCUUCCCGCUGUGCCCUGGAGGCCUCCCCGCUGCUCUUUAAAUGGCUGGUGACAGCCUCCCCGGGGGGGAUCCCGCCAGAUCACAGCCCGGGCCCCACGUGGGACUCCGUGUUUACCUGUGUCCGGCGUGGAUCUCACACAGCAUGGCUCAUACAAAUACUACAGGGCUUUAACAUGGGGAAUCCACUGGCAAUCAUUCAUUCCAUCAUUUAUUGUGCAGGCCCAGUCCAUUCAUCAGCCGUAUGGAUAGAGUUACUGUAAUUAUUCGGGGAAUAUAUAUACAAUAUAGACCCAACAUUGGGACACUUGUUUUAUUGUUAAAUGUGUCAUUUAAUUUUGUUUCAAACUACUUUUUGAUAUUUACAAAGCAAUGUAUGUAGCAAGUAGCUGCCCUAUUAUUUUCAUUGUCUGCUAACUAAUCUAUUUUGGUGAGCUAUAAAUAAAUCCGUAAAAAAAACAGUUGAAAUGGAACACAGUGGUUUGGUUAAGAAAUACUUUGACUAUUGUGUAUUACCUUGUAUCGUGGCUAGUUGGUACAACAAUUGUUGUGCUAAGUAUGAUCAAAUACUGUAAUGACAAUUUCUGAGUGGAUUGGUCGUAGUCGAGGCUAACGUCUUAACCCUGCAAACAAAUAUUUUUACAAAAGCGUAAAUCAUAUAGGUUGAAUGAAAUCAGAAAUGUUAUUUUCGCAAUAGUUACUGUAAAUAUGGUACUAACUUGUUAGGCAGGGGGAAAGUAAAUUGUUUUUGUGUUGAAUAAUGAGCAUGUAAUAUUAAUCUUAAUCCUUUUUUCCUAUUGUAGAAAAGGAGCAGCAGGAAGCCAUUGAGCACAUUGAUGAAGUACAGAAUGAAAUAGACAGGUGUGUAAUAGUGUUGUACUGUGUUUAGAUGAUUUGACUUUAACUGUUGCUAAAGUGUGAAAACUAGCUUAUUUCUAUUGUAUUGUUGUUUAACAUAAUGUAGAACUUUGGGUGGAGAGUAGCACGUGCAUAAUACUUGUCAUAUGCAUGUGUACGUUGCCCAUCCAAUAGAAAGACAUGGAACAGUAGCUGUAACUUCUCUUAACACAUAUGUCCAAACUUUCCUGGGUCUUCCCAAUUAUAGAACACAAGUGAACUUACUAGUCUUUCUGAUAAGCCAAGAGCAGUGUUAAAGGAAAAACUAACUUACAUAUUUUGUGCUCCUGUUCCUAUUUUCAUGCUCAAAAUUACUUUGUAACAUGUUCAGUUUCUUAACCUCUUUUUAUUUUUAUAGACUGAAUGAACAAGCCAGUGAGGAGAUACUGAAAGUAGAACAGAAAUAUAACAAACUCCGCCAACCAUUCUUCCAGAAGAGGUCAGAGUUGAUCGCCAAAAUCCCAAAUUUCUGGGUUACAACAUUUGUCAACCACCCACAAGGUAUUUCCUUCUUGCAAAUUAAGCCUAGCAUGUUUUGCAUAUCCGACAAACUUAGAUGAAAUAAUGUUCCCCAUCAUUUAAUGAGGAAAAAAUAAGCUCUACAAGCAUGUUUGCUCUAAUGUCUUGUUUGUGUUUGGGACCAAGUAUGCAUUUUAUUAAACUGUUAUUUGAAUGUGGAUUUAAGAAUUCUUGUAUAUUCUUUUAGUAUCUGCACUGUUGGGUGAGGAAGAUGAAGAAGCACUUCAUUAUUUGACACGGGUGGAGGUGACAGAAUUUGAAGACAUAAAGUCUGGUUACAGAAUAGAUUUUGUAAGUAUAAGUGUAUAAACAUGGUAUCUGUCAGAUUUUCUAUUUCUGAUAAUGUGUACGAUUGCAAAUACGUUAUGCAUGUCCGCUGUAAUUAAAUACUUUGGCAAUAACAUGUCUGCGUUUUUGAUUUUAAAAGUUAGAUAUAUUGUUUAUGUUCACUUGUAGGUAGUUUGCUUGUUAAUGUGCUCAGCGAGACCUUUUUAUUCAUAAGAGGUUUUCAGCCCAAUAUAUAUUAUCUAAAUAUUUUUUAUUUAUUUCUCAGUAUUUUGAUGAAAACCCAUAUUUUGAAAACAAAGUCCUGUCUAAAGAGUUUCAUUUGAAUGAAUCUGGAGAUCCAUCUUCAAAGUCAACAGAGAUAAAAUGGAAAGCUGGAAAGGUAAGCUUGUUUCCUCAAAUCUAUUCCGCCUAAAUGGGUUUUUAAAGAAAUAUAGAAUUGUUCAUUCAGAAUAGCUUGUAAAAUACAAACUGCACUGUGUGUGUGUGUGUAUGUAUAUGUGUGUGUAUGUGUGUGUAUAUAUAUAUAUAUAUAUAUAUAUAAUUAUUUAUUUAUUGUAGGGGUUGUCCAUGCAAAGUUAUAAAACUAAUGUAGCAUGGCCAUCUUGUCAGAGUUGCUGUCUGAUUUUACAAUUUUUAACUUGAUUUUCUUUUAUCUAAUCCUCUUCAGGAUCUGACAAAACGUUCCAGUCAGACACAAAAUAAAGCCAGUCGGAAGAGGCAACAUGAAGAACCAGAAAGUUUCUUUACUUGGUUCACAGACCAUUCUGAUGCAGGUGCAGAUGAGCUAGGAGAGGUCAUAAAGGAUGAUAUCUGGCCAAACCCAUUACAGUACUAUCUGGUGUGUAUAUAUUUACUUAUCUUGACUUUGUUGUGGUGCAUGUUUUCUCUGAAUUUGUGAGUGACACAUAACGUGUUAAGAGGAUGAAUGUGAAGGAAUAUAGAACUUUGGUAUAGAUGCAUUUGGAUACAAUGAUGUUCUAAGUUGAGAUGUAAUUUUUGGUUGAACAGGUACCAGACAUGGAAGACGAAGAAGGAGAGGGUGAAGAAGAAGAUGAAGAUGAUGAAGAAGAGGAAGGACUCGAAGAUAUUGAUGAGGAAGGAGAUGAAGAUGAAGUGGAAGGAGAGGAGGAAGAUGAUGAUGACGAGGAGGGAGAAGAUGCAGAGGUAUAAACAAAGAUCUGGCUUGUAUAUUUUAAAAUGUAGUUUUGUUUUUCUGCUGCUAAUUUAAUUCAGAUUGUUCAUGGAAGGGUGUCCGAAAUAUAGUUUACGUAAGGUCACUGUAAGUACUAUAUGUGCUUCCUUUUUUUUCAAAUUUUUUUUAUUUUUUUUUUAAAUUGGUUAGUGUCUGCCAUCCUUUUUGGUGCCGUCCCUACACCCGGUGUUAAACUAUGUACAGUCAAUUUAACACUAAGGGUUCCCAGUAGCCUACAGCCCAGCCCUUACUGGAGGGAGGUAUGGCUUAUAAAAGGAUUGCACAUUUUCUUCUGUUCAUACCCAGUUAUGGGUACUGUCAUAGGCUAAAAGUGGUCAGCCCCCACUCUCAACCAAGAAGGUCCAUUUGUAGUUCAGACUUAUCAUUCCUUAUUGACCCAAGCAUUACAGAGGGAGGGAUGCUGGGGACUCUAGCAUUAAAUCCAGUGCUACAGUGUCCGUUUGUUGCUACCCAUAGGAAUGAUGGCUCAAAAAGCUAAUGUUGAAAUGAAAUUUGAAGUUUUCAAUUACCAGUGCAUAAUGUUCUUUACAAUGUGAUGCUGUUGCAUGUUUUGUACAGUUUUGCAUUUUACAUUUGAUUACAUUUUGAUUCCAGUUUACUUAAUAGUCUUUCUUUCCCUUUUGCAGGAAGAUGAAGGCGAAGAUGAUUAAAUGACCACGUUUGGAUUUCACCCCUUUUUUUAUUUUAUUUUUUUAUUCAGCCCCGGGAGCAAGAUGCUAUUGUAAUUUUUUUUUUUUUUUUUUUUUUUUUUCCUUUUUGGUUUUUUUAAUCGUGUGCUCAAUCGCCUUGUUCUCUUGGUCCUUUUUUCCUUACCUUUCUCCCAUGGUUCUUUUUUUUUCCCUUUGGGGGAAGGGUUGAGAACCAAGUAAAAUGCAGUGGAAAUCUCUAACCAUAUUUUGUCCCCAUGUCCUUUCUCCUAUUCUCCAACAAACUACAAACUGUAACAUCCUAUGGUCUGUGGGGCAUGAAUGCGUCUUGGCUGCCAUCUUGAGUGCAAGCCAGGAAGUGUUAAACCCUGUGUGAUAGUUCAUAGCAAUCUAGUGUUUAUCCUUUAAUUUUUAUUUUGUUUCCUGUGUAUAUUGGGCUAAGAGGUUACACUGUGUUUCCAUGUGAAUACGGACCGAUAACAUACCAACAUGUAACAGUCUAAUUUUUUUUUCUCCUUGUUUAAAAAAUGAUUAAAACGUAAAAAUAAAAAAAAAAAAUAUUGGGGUGGGUUAGUCAGUUGGGUGGGUUUUCAGACAGCGGGAGGGGGUUGGGAGGUUUAGGUUGGGCAUUUUGGAAACAUGGCGCUUUUUUUUUCCUUUUUUUUUGGCAUGUUUGUGAUUUACAGGACAUCCAUGCAGUUUAACACACUUUUAAAAGAAAGUCAAAAUAAACAUCAUAACGGCUGCCAGCUCUUCAGGACCUUACAGGACGUUAUUGGAAACAGACAGUCUCAAAUAUAACUUUUUUCUUUUUUUUUUUUUUCUGGAAAGGAAAAUGAUCAGUUUUAAACGUUAAAGUGUACAAGUUGCUUUGUUACAAUAAAACUAAAUGUGUACACACAUACCUGCUGGUUUUCACUUGGAUGCUACCUCCCUUCCCUCCCUCUUCCUUUUCAUAUUAGUUUUGUGCUUCCCUCUCCCCCCUUUUGAUUAAGACUUCUAUUUAAUGUUUUUGAUACAGGGCAUUUUGUAGUAACCUUCAAACUUUCCAGCCUAGCAAUCAAUGUCUUGCCAGGCUGAGAUUCUCAACAUACAGUCAGCACCUCUUCACUCCAUUGAGAAUGGAGUUUUUGUGGUAAUUUUUGUAAUUUGCUUGGCGAAAGUGUUUUAGUAGGCACUUAAUCUGAUUCCUAGUCUGUUAUAAAUCUACAUUUUUGCUGUCAGAUUUUGCCUGUUAAUCGACACUACAAAAUAAAGUAAAUUGGUGUGAUCUGUAUAUUCUAUUCAUUGAAUUUUAUGACUCUGUCUGACAUGGGGUGUGGUGUGUCUGACAAACCAUAGUCCCACCUUGAG